AUGCAGAUCGAACUACAGGCGGCGGUCCUCAGCGUCUCGCAAACUCUCGAGGAGCUAGGUCUACAGCUAUCCCCGGAAAAAACAGAACUGCUCAGUGUAGAUGGCAAGCACGUGACGAACCCCGCUCACCGAAUUACCCUCCACGUCGGCUCGCAGGACAUCCAGUCUAGCAAUGGCCAGAUUCGCAUCCUAGGGAUUCAGAUUGCCAGCUGUAAUAGCCCUAAAGCGUGGACUAAACAUCUGCGCAAACACUGGUCCCCACUGCUACACACCAUUAGACGGGUCUCCAAUAAAUAUGGUGGAGCCCGGCAGCAAUCUUGUCAAACACUGGCGCGUGCUACGGCUGUUGGCCGGAUACUAUACGGUACACCAGCCUACGACUGCACCCCAACCCUGCUACGAGACAUAGAACGCCUGCACAGGGCCACGCUGCGCACCAUCGCCGGUCUGCCCAAACACGUACGCAACGACAGGCUCUUGGCCACGGUGCCAAUACCUCCCAUAGAUGUCAUUAUGGCUGAAGCACGUAGCCAAUUUACCUCUAGAUUAGAAAAUACCUUACAAGGGCGAAGCACCCUAGCAUGGGACCUUCAGCGUCACGUUGCCUGGAGCGGCCCUGAUGAAGCUUCGCCGUGGGAUAGCCCCGUCAUCAGCCUAAAACCCAUCAAAGCGAUACCUACACAAAACUCCGACCUCCGUAACCGCAUGGCCUACCAGCACCACAACGCUGAAAAUAAUGGACACGUUCACAUUUACACUGACGCCAGUUUUUUGGCGGACCGAGCCGGACUAGCGUGGCAUUGCACCUCCCGACCAGAGCUCACAGGCGCUCAUACAUGCACUCUACCGCAAGGCACCGCCCUGCAGGCUGAACUAUUAGCAAUAUGGGGAGGGACCUGCUCGAUUCCCAACCUCCCUGAUCUUCAAAGAGAACAGACGCUAACGCGUACAUACCGAAUCUACACGGACUCCGUCGCAGCUCUAGAAGAACUGUCAACACCAACGACCGAAGAUGCUACCGCUGUUGAAAUCCGUAAACGCCUUCGGAUGCUUCAAGACUUGGGCGCGGAUGUUCAGAUCCUCUGGACGCCAGCCCAUACCGGGGUCCCAGGAGGAAACGCUGCAGCACAUGCAGCCGCCACACAGGCACGUGGGAGCAACGUAACUACAACCCCACCCUCCUCACAGAUCCCCUUCGCAAAUCCCUAUUUGACCUUGAUGACGCCUCGGAGUUUUCUGCACUAUCUACGCACACGUAUCCGCAAAGAUAGUAAGGAUCGCCUCCAGCGGGCGACACCCGAAACCCUUUUCUCCCCCACCGACAAAUACACGCGCGCACAAGAAGUAUUUCUUAACAAAAUCAUGACUAACGCUGCAUACACACCACAUAUUAUUCAAAAAUGGCUCCCUAUCGACCUCAAUAUUCCCCUAAGCUGCCCUCACUGCCAGAAGACAGCAAAAGCAGACCUCCUUCAUCUUAUAUGGGAUUGCUCCGCAUUCACGACCGGCCGGGACACGAUCGUACACAUCCCUCAUUCCGACCAUGCAACCCUCGUUCAACACCUCUUCGAUCAACCAGCCAAUAGACACCUUCUCGCCACUUUUGGUAGCGUUAGCGGUCUGACCAGGAUGGUGUAGGCUGACUUACUCUUUCCUUUCGAUUGCUCCAGGAUGGCCUGCAUGACUUAGGCGCUGCAGAAGACACCGAAGACCAAAGACGGCGGGACUGAUGCCAAUUUCGAAAA